AUGGCACGGACGGCUCCGGUCGCCGACGCCGACACCAUCGCUGUCCUCGGCGGCGACCUCCUGCGGGAGGUCUUCCUCCACCUCCCCACCCCUGCCGACCUCCUCCGCGCGGCGCUCGCCUGCAAGCCCUUCAUCCACGCCGCCCGCAGCGCCCGCUUCCUCCGCCGCUUCCGCCGCCGCCACCCCUCCGCCUGCCCGCUCCUCCUCGGCUGCUUCGUCCACCGCCCCAGUGAGGACCGCUGCCGCGAAGACCCCAGCCCUCUCCUUCUCCCCGCCCCCCUUCCCGCCGCCGCGCGCCGCGUCGUCGAGGGCGGCGACUUCGCGCUCUCCUUUCUGCCCGACCGCGGCUCGUCGGGCCCCGACCCGUGGAGGGUCUUGGACAGCCGCAGCGGCCGGCCCCUGCUGUGGGAUCGGGCGUCCGCGGAGCAGCCCGUCGCCGAUCCGUGGAAGGUCUUGGACUGCCGCAACGGCCGCCUCCUGCUGCGCAAUCGGGUGUCCGGAGAGCUGGCCGUCGCCGAUCCCUUGACCCGGCGCUGGGCCUCUCUCCCCGCGCCCCCGGCUGAGCGCCCCGUGGGGUACGGCCUCGUCACCGACGACGGCUGCUCGUCGGUGUUCCAGGCGUUCUGCCUUUCAGAAGACGGCGGGGGCUCCUCCGGGCUCCGCGCCCUGGUCCUCUCCUCCAGCGAGCUCCGAUGGGCCGACGCCGCUGUCCUCGCGGGCCAGUACAAUCUCGAGGACUCCCGGGUGAUGCAAGCCAACGGGUCGCUUUACUGGAAGCUCAAGGGCGGGGAGCGCAUGGUUGCGCUCAACACGGCGACGAUGGCGUUCUCCUUGCUGGAGCUCCCGGAUUUCGCGCGGCAGUUCAGCUUCGAUGUCAUUGAGAAGGGGGACGACGAUGCUGGCGGGCUCUACCUGCUCACCAUGCUCGGAUGCUGCAUCGAGGUAUGGGGCGGCUGGGAUGAUGGCAGCGGUGUGCUAACAUGGACACUGGUGGACAAGUCGGUGAGGUUCCAAAGGGCCAUGGCGGAGAUGAUUGGUUCACCACAGUUUUACCGGCAUGGGCUGGUUGUCAUUGCGGUGGUUGCCGGUGUGGUCUUCUUGCGCAAUAAGGAUCGCCUGCUCUCCAUUGAUUUGGAAACUAUGAAGCUGAGGAUGUUGGUUCGGAAAGACGAGUGCCCAUCGGCCCUGAUGUAUCCUUACACGAUGGCGUGGCCGCCUUCAUGCUUGAACCCUACUGAACAAGGAAAUGUGAGGCUCACUACAUCUUAUGAUGAUAAUAAGGUUUUGUGCAGAGGUAACGAAGAGGAAGGAAUUCAAUCAUCCAUACGAUGGUUGCGGCGCAACCAGUUGUGCCUAAAUGUCUGA